UCUCUUCGAGUUAGUUUGUUUAUUCGAUUGCAAAGUACGGGUUGGGUGUUGUUGCGUGCGUGCGUGCCACAAAUCGUAGCAUUAUAUCCUUACAUCUCAGAAAGUUAUCGUAGCCGGCAGUGAGCAGUCGUUUGGUGGAACUGUCUCUGGUCCUGUGUGCUUCAGUUUACGAUCAAACCGAGCGACGCAAUGGCCGAUGCAAAGCCUGAAAUCGACAGCGAUGCUGAGCAGAACUACUCGCUGAACAGCAACGUAGACCCGAAGAACAUGCAGGAACUGACGAUAUAUGUGCAAAACCUGCUGCAGAAUGUGCAGGACAAGUUCCAGACGAUGUCGGACCAGAUCAUUUCCCGCAUCGACGAUAUGGGCACCAGGAUAGAUGAUCUUGAAAAGAGUAUUGCCGAUCUGAUGCAGCAGGCCGGCGUCGAGGGGCAGGACAAGUAGACUGGUGCCCACUGCCGCCGUUCGCAGCAGCAAGGCCGUGGCAUUAUGGCCAUUCCGGGGGCUUUUUACUCACUUUGCAUUAAAUACCUAUAUACACCCACACCCAUGCAACCACACACCCCACCACCCCCUUGCAUUUACGCUUGAGUUACAGGAGCGGAAGUUUUCAUUUUUAUCAGAGUUGAAGAGUGAAGAAGCUUAAAAUGUACCAAACUUACUGUAGGCUGGUAAAUCGGUUAAAGAGAUUUGUGUAUGGCUUGUUUCAACGAGCAGCAAAAGAAAA